ACAAGAGUUCCCUGAUUGAGAGAAACAGCCAAGCUCGGUCGCCCUCUUGUUUUAUUUGAGUAUUACAUUACUGUUCAAAUAAUAAAAGCAUUACUAACUAUAAGUACAGCAGUACUUGGGUUUGACAGUGCGGAAUUAACUGGAUGAAAAACAGCGUGGACGGCAGUGUUUCUUAGUCUUGUGCAAAUCGCGUGACUGGCUACAUUGGCGCUGCAUUCGGGUGUUGCUGCAUAAUUUUGUAAGACUUGCAAUUGCUCCGAGAAGUACCGGGGAGUUAUUUAUAGGGUUAUUUUCAUUAACUUUGAAUAGAAUUCCUUGACCUAAGGAAAGGGCGACUGGAGGACUGUACCCGGCUGCACUGGCUCUUUUCCUGCAGACAGUCAUCCUGUCAAUCUGUAUGUCCCUUGGUGAGAGUUGAUUGAAGGCCUGUGUGGAGAACCUGCCAGAACAAUGGGAAGGAAGUUGGAUCUUUCAAGUCUGACUGAAGAUGAAGCUGGCCAUGUACUUCAGGUGGUCCAAAGGGACAUGUGUCUUCGGAAGAAAGAGGAGGAACGCUUGAAUGAAAUGAAACAGGAGCUUGAUGAAGAAGGCAGCAAAUGCACAAUCCUCGCCAGACAGAACAAAUUUAAUGACCACUGCUGCAUGCGCUGCUGCUCUCCUUUCGCAUUCCUCAUAAACACUAAGCGUCAGUGCCAGGACUGCAAAUUCAAUGUCUGUAAGAGCUGCAGCAGCUACAGCAAGGAAGACAAGGCAUGGAUCUGUGCCGUUUGCCAGAAGAGCAGGCUUCUAAGAACACAGUCUUUGGAAUGGUACUACAAUAACGUCAAAAGCCGAUUCAAACACUUUGGCAGUUCAAAGGUUUUGAAGAUGUUUUACAGAAAGCAUCAUACAGAAAGAGGAGCUCACUCAGAUGUAGGAGUAGAUGGAAGCUUUCAUGAAGGAAGUGUUGACUAUGCAGAAAGCACCUGUGGCAGCGACUCUACGUUUUACAGACAAAGUGAAGGGCACAGUAUGGCGGAAACCCUCACAGUCGCACUUCGAGUUGCAGAGGAAGCAAUAGAGGAGGCGAUUUCUAAGGCUGAAGAGUGUAGGGAUAGUUUGGAGAAGCAAAAUGAGGCCCAGUACUUGCGUGAUAACAAAGAAGAACUAAUAGAAGAACUUGCCACGACAAUUGUGCAAAAAAUUAUAAGGAGGAGGAAGAAUUCAGAGUUGCAGCCAGACUCUGAGAUGGAAUGGCCUCUGUCCCGUAACAGUGGUCUGACAUCCCCGACAAUCUCCAAGCACAGUACUGUCAACUGUCCGACAAGCCGCAAAGGAUCCUACAGCUUAUUGAGGUCUCAGUCUGCUUUCUCUCUCACUGGUGACGAACCUCCAGUACAACCAGUGGAUUCCAGUUGGAAGUCGACCAUUUCUAAAGCAUCAUGCAGGAGCCAAAAGGGAUAUCCCAGCCUGAAAAACGAUCCCAGGCCAUCCACAAUUCCAAGCUGGAAAAGCAUGGAUAGGCUUGAUAAUUCUAAUCCAUCUUCUGUUUUACAAAGUCCUGAUGGAAACUGGAUAGCCCUGCAAAGCACAUUUCAGCGCCGCCCGAGUUUGCUGACCAAACCCAAAAGCCAGGUGUUCACAUCUCUUGAGAAGGAAUCUGGCGUUAUCUCUGCCUAUGAUGAAUUGGGCUCAGAUACUGAAGAUGAAUGUGAUUUAAACGAGUUCAGAAGGCGGCCACGAAAGCUCUCUGAUGAAACCUACUACACUGACUCCCAGUAUGAUCCUGAAUGGACCUAUGCAAGGCAUCGGCCUGUCACUUCCCCAUCCUCCGGGCAGUACACCAACACAGAGACCAUGUUCUCUGAUUCGGAAACCUCCUCUAUGUAUUCUGUGAGAGACAGCCUGCCACACAUCGGCAAGCAGCAGGUACUGAAGAGGAAAGGCCCAGACCAUGGUGAAGCACUUGAUAUCAACUUUAACCCACAGGCAUGUGGUUUGGGUACUGUGGACAGUAGCGAGGCAGAGGAGCCCAGCAGGCCUUGUGUCAGGAGGUCUCGGCGCAGGAGGAAAAGCAAACCUUCGUCUAGAGAGCACACCCACAACAGAGAGCGCUAUCACACACAAUCUACAGAUGCCUACCAGUUCUAUGAUGAUUCACUGGGAGCAGGUGCUGUUGAUGAAGGCUUCCUUCCACAAAGAGAAGCAGAUGCCUUGGAGAUGAAACUGAAGUCAAAAUUAUCUGAGCUGACUGCUAAUGUGAGCGAUAAUGAGUCUUCUUCAGGAGAAGAGAGAGAGCAGGAGGACGUCAGACUGAUUCAGGUACCACUGGGGAGCUCCUGUUGUGAAGAGAGACAAAACAUUCAGGAGGAUACUAGGAAGAAGUAUUCUGCUGUAUCUCUCUGCAACAUUACAACAGAGGUCCUCAAAAUAAUCAAUGCUACAGAGGUGUUGCUUGAGGAAGCUACAGGGGACAGUGACUCUCCAUCACUGCAGGACAAGGGGAGACUCGGUGAGGAAACAGACACUGUAAAAUUUCAAGAACACCUCACCAAACUGGAGGAGAAUGUCUAUCUGACUGCUGGCACUGUUUAUGGCCUUGAAGGACAACUGGAUGACUUAGAAGAAUGUGCACGCAGCAUUAACAGCAUAACUACUGAGAAUCAACUAGCUUAUUUGGAGGAUCAAGUAGCGUCAGCAGCAGCACAAGUUCACCGAGCAGAGAUCCAGGUAUCAGAUAUUGAGCUACGGAUUUCAGCCCUUAAAAAUGCAGGUUUGAAUGUAACCCCAUAUAUGCGAUUGGCAAAACAAAAGGAAGAUACACCAUGGCAGCCACAAACCAUAGGUACUUCACGGCAACAGAGAAGAAAACUUCCAGCCCCACCGAAGCAAGGAGACAAGAUUAGUUCUGCUGUAAUAGUAACUGGAAAUCCUUUGGGACAAAGAACCGCGAAUGAAAGGAAAAACAGUGCCAAAGACCACACAACACAGAAGCCAGAUGUGCACUCCAAUUUUAUGUACUAAGACCACACUACUACACUGCCAAGAACACACUACCUACAGCUGUACACAACUGUGCCUUGAUUCAACAACCAUGAAAAGGCUUUAAUAGGAAAUGGACUUGCAAUAGUCCUAAUGUGGUCAUACUAAUGGAGCUCUACUUUGAUACCUCCCUGGAUUCAUCUUAAAUCUUGUGGCUUUUUGAUGGAAAUGUCCUGCCUUAAGUUAAAGAGAUGUGCUUGAUCAAAGAUGGGGUGCUUUGGUCAUUAAUUAAAGAUGUUAUGGGAAGCACUUUUCCUUUUAUUUGUAUGCAAGGGUGGUGGUGAUGUUCUAAUCAUUAUUUUUUAAAUAAAUGUUCUAUGUAAAUAAAAAGAAAAUAAUACAACUUUUGAUAAAUUUGAUUUCUAAAUAUGUCCGCAGUAAUGUAUCGUAAAGUAAAAUAGCACCAUGUGAGAGUGAAGUUUACUAUCAGUAAUGGUUGUUUAUGCAAUUAAUUCUUUACAAUUUGUUUAUUCUUUUUUUUGUUUGUUAAAUUGUUAAAAAAAAAAAAAAAAAAAAAAAAGGAAAGUAAUUAAGUUAUUUGAUAAUCAUUAUCACUAACAGGUGCUGAUAGUGGCUGGGAAACAUUUCAUUUUAUACAACCAGUCCUUAUAAAGACAACAGGCACUAUUCACAAAGCUUUAACACAUGAUCUAUUAAAGCUAUUUUGAUGAAUAAAACAAAGCUUUUAUAUUCAUGAAACUCAUAUAGAUUGUUGUUGAACAAGUGUGUUAAGUGUUACAUCAGUAUCAGACUAUUCGUGGUAUAAAAACACAAAAUACUUGAAUAACUCAUGAAUUAUGUUUUGUGAUUUUAAAGUGCUUUUUUGUUCUGUCAGCCAAUUAAAACCUCUUGUAAUAAAGUAUUUGACAAAUGUGGUAUUUAAAGAGGAAUAAUACUGUACAUGGCUGGAAUCAAGAUUUCUGUUAAAAUCUACUGGCUGGUUGAGGAGCAGUUUGUAUGGGGUAUCCUAGAGAGGGAACACUGAAAGUACCUAUAAAGGAGUAAAAGUAAAUCACAAAAGUAAUGUCUGUGUUAUGGUUUACAGUAUUAUUCUGACCAUUCUUCAGACAAUAAUAUAACCUGGAAUGGUUUUGACUUGUAUGCAGCUGCUAGUUGUAUUUUACCCCUAUAACUGUGUUCAUAGGUAAAACUAAAACACUGUACAGUGGAUUGGGUAAAAGCAAAAGCAUGACUUAUUCCACAUGCCAGUAUAACAUGUUUGCCCUCUUCUCAUGUGUUUUAGUCAUCUGAAUGCCAAAAGUGUUUAGUACAACUGAAAGAAAUUGAAAACCAAAGCUAUUGAUGGCUUAAAAGCAGAUACAAUGAUGGGCCUUUUUACACACUGGCCCCAUAGUUUGUGCUACACAGUUUGGCAUAUGUAUAAUAUGUAGUACUCACUAAGCAAAAAAUGUCAUUUGUAUUAAAAUGUAUGUCAGAUUAGACUGUUUUAUCAAUUAACUAUUGUUCCGUAUAGGUAUUGUAAAAGAAAAGUGUGGUCCUUCCCAGACAAUCAUCAUAUCUGUGUAAAAGGAAUACUGUAUGUCAGAUGUGACAUUUCAAAAUCUAACAUGAAAUACUGUACCGCUAUUAUGGCUU